AUGGCCGCACGUCGACCUUUCUCGCAGACGAGGAAUUUAUUACAUGUGACGCCGGCAUUGUUGGGUUCGCUAGUACCGUACGGGCUAUCGGAUCAGAGAGGAAGAGGAAAGGGUCUCCUCGUGUGGCCCCAUAAGGAGGAGUUUCUGCAGGUGCUUAAGGCCAAUCAGACCCUAAUUCUUGUCGGUGAAAUUGGCGGAUACAGGCGGCCAGAUCGGUUAGCGACUCAAGGAUUAGGCGCAACAGCUAGUGAAGGGGCGAUAGGGUAUGACUGGUGUUCUUGGCCCGAUCGCCAAGGAGCAGGCGAGGCGUCGAUCUUUCGGGUUGAACGUCAUGGAUGA